AUACGACGUAUACGCAUGAUACAAAUGUUGGGAUAAUUCUGCAGUGUGAGCAUAUGACGAACUAGUACUUUGAUGGUUCUUUAUUUCACGGUCGUAUAUUCAAAUCGGACUCCAACGCCCAAAACGUCUAUUAGCUCAUAACAAAAUCGUGGUACAAAACAGCAACAGCUUCGACACAUGAGCAUGAGCUGUUGUUUUAUUUUUGUAUGAUGUCUUGGUGCAUUCGCCUCUCAUAAUAUGAACUAAUAAUUAUGUUAAUAAUAAUUAAUAAAAAUAGGAAAACAAAUGUACAGCGAUUCAUCAGCGAUUCUGUAUACGAUCCCGCAAACAAUUCGGAUAGCUUUGAUUUGUUGUUGUAAACCAAUGCAUUUGUUGGUGUUGUUGGUGUUUGGAGCAGUCUGACAACCGCUCGGAUUGUACACUUUUGUAUCGACGGUAGAACGAGCGUGAGUACGAGCAAGAGGGCAUAACCCAAGAGAAGCGAACGGCAUGAGAAAACUCAUCAGACACGACUCGAGCUUUCUGACCGACUCUCGCUCAGUGUAAGUGCGAGCAGGCACGGGAUACUGUUUAGAGGGAGACAUUCCGGCAUUUGCUUUUGACAAGUCGAAACUUUUUGCUUGGGGUGUGAUCCUGCACUUGCGUUUGUUUUCGUUCAAUGGAUUCUCCGCCAGUGAAACCUCCGCGAGGAGUCAAAUAUACCAAAGAAACGAGCGGUUGCGGACUGCUAGUUUCUGUGAUAAAAACCCUCGAUGCCAGUGAAACAAACGAGCAGCGCGAACGGGAGAAGCAUAAAAUUGAACGGGAGUUUCGGAAAACUGAUCAGCGUCUAAACGAACUCGUAUCACGAAGCGAUGGCGAUCUUACGCGCGUUAUGCAGCUGUUCGGCAAGGUGUCGACCGAAGUUACGGCCUCCCGGGAACGGAUACAGGUGGUUAAAGAGAAUCUCCAGUCCUGCAAACAGUUGCUGCGCUGUCGCCGCGAUGAACUGAAGAAACUGUACACCGAUGCCAUUCAGCAUAAGUACGUGCUGGAGAUGUUGGAUCAAAUCACCGACAUCCGGAAAGUGCCGACACAGCUGACUGCUUACAUGGCGAAGAAACAUUACCUACACGCCACCAAGCUGCUGAUGGCUUCGAUCGAAACAACGGACGGAAAGUUGAAGGGUGUCGAAGGGUUAAAUGAUCUGCGGCAAGAUUUUCAAAACCGCCGCCAGCAGCUUUAUGGGAAGCUGCUGGAAGAGUUGAACAAACACCUGUAUGUGUCCAGCACGGCUGAUGUGUUGCAGAGUUUUCAGCGUCAAGCAUCCGGGCGCAACAGUCAGUACGCGGCCGGAUCAUCACCGUUCCAGCGCAACGUUUUGCGUCGCUCGGCAGAACGGGUGGAAGCCAACACGAAAGCGCGUAAAGCUUUGUUUGAGAUCUCCAAGAAUGGAUUUUUGGAUGUUGAUAAGAGCGAAAUAAUCGAAGAUACGGAACUGCUAGAUCCUGAUGUCAAUUCGUCGUAUUUCCUGAGUAUAAUUGUUGAAUGCUUUGCAUUGUUACAGAAAGUGCCUGAAUCGAUUGAGUCAAUAAAAGUACAAAUGCAAAGCGAACUACUAGCUAUCGUAACCAAAUCCACUCAGCACAUCAAUUCGCUGGAGCAUCAACCGCAGACGCAACAGCCAGCACUCGGUGUUACUGGCACGCCAUCAUCUACGACAGUGGCUGCCUGCAAUGGAACGCCCUCUGGAGCAUCAAAUACAGAUCCGACUCAACCUGCCCAACCGGUACCAAUACUCGAACUGCUCGAUCUGGUGUUUAGGCAGUUUAAACUGAUCGCCAACGCGCACCAGCAAGCGCUCCGUAACUAUGGCAACGUCAUACAACGAUACAACAUUCCGCAAGUGAAACCUUACGACAUUAUCGAGUACUGGGGACAGGCGCAAGCCGUCCUCAAGCUUGUGCUCACCGACUAUUUGGACAUUCAGAACGACAGUGGUGAUGAAGCACUGCUAUUGCGAGGUCAGUUCGCCGAACAGUCCACCAAUGUGAAUGCGUUCUUUAGUCGUAGAAAAACGCCGGGAAAGAAGCUACUUUUCCGCUUUGACAAAUCGUCCCACACGGCGGAUGCCGGAGGAUCACAAGCAACGGAAGCCGAACCCGGCCAGCCGAAGGAACAUCGGCGCAAUCUAUCGAACGUGUCGAACAGUACACCGAAGGAAGAUACGCUGCUAAACAGUUCUGCUGUCAGUGCUAAUUCGUCCCAUUUGCUGAACAGUAGCUUCCAUCAGCACCAGCCGUAUUACUUCGGUGGCAAGGAUAGUGCUGCUGCUGCCGAGCGACGAAAGCGUGAACGGGCGUUAGUUUGUCCCGCUGAUGCAUCGUUAGUGCGAAAAAUCUAUCUACCGCUGAUGGGAUACAUCCAGGAGAUAGAAAGCUUUAUGAAAUGCAAGUCUGGACAACCGUGCAGUUUGAAUACGUUCCUGGCGAAUUAUGUAAAGGACGCUUAUCUGGCACGUGGUCACAAUCGAAAUCUACAGUUAACGAUUGAAUCGCUUUCAAAAGCCCAGGAUGCCUGGCGAACCAUUAUCAGCCCGGAGGAAAUGAAGCGACUCAGCCUAACACGUCCUCUCCUGCAAAACACUCUUAUCGUAGAGAAUCGAAUUGCCGAAACGAAGAAACUCAUCCAAGAUCUUCCCACCUACUCUGAUGAAUUGUUAAAAAUGGUCUGUUCACUCCUUAAGACGUACCGCGAGACGUGCCAGGCCGCAUACCGAGGCAUUGUCCAACCGGAAACCGAAGAUAAACGAAUAUACAGUGUCGCCUGGCUUAAAGAUGAUGAUAUUACGCGUUUCUUAAAAUCGUUACCGAACUGGACGGAUUUGAAAUCAUCGAACGCUCGGUAUAGGCAGUUGCAGCAAAAGCGCCUAAUCAAAACGGAACCUUCGGAGGAAGAAAGUCCAACGCAGAUUCAGCAACGUAACGUGCGCGAAGCAGAAAUGCUGACAAGCAAUCUUGGCGAAGGUGGUAUCUCACAGCAAGAGAUCCUGUCCGAUGUGGGCGUACUGAAGGAGCUAGCCAUACUGCAGGAAAGCAUGGAAUGGUUUGCGAGCCGUAUAACGGAGUUUGCCCAGGAGUUGAAGAAACCGAUCGUCAACGGAAUGGUAACAGCAUCACCCGUUUCAACGCCCGGUUCACCUUCACCAGCGGGCACAGCAACGAUCGUGAACAGUCCGGUUAUCGUAAAGGAUGGCAUGAUUAAGGUGCUCAUCAAUCUUGCACUGGAAUUUGAGGAACUGGCCAACACCUGUCUGCUGGUGCUACAUCUUGAGGUGCGUGUACAGUGUUUCCACUAUCUCCGUUCGAGCCCCUCGGACCGUUACAAGGCAAACAAUCCGAACAAGAACGAUUCGCUCGAACCGGACGCAAAGGUGCUGAAGCUAACGAAGGUGCUAUCGGACAUGGACGAGGCACUGAGUUCAACAUUGCAUCCGAGGAAAACUAAAUACGUCUUCGAAGGACUGGCACAUCUGGCGGCGCGAAUCCUUAUCAUGGCCGCCAACUCCAUGGAGUACAUCGAUCAUUCGGGCGUACAGCGAAUGUGCCGGAAUGCAUUGGCUCUACAGCAAACGUUAAGCAGCAUUACCGCUUCGCGGGAAGUCGCACUGGAUUAUGCACGUUCCUUCUACGAAAUGUUCUACCUAGAUCCAGAGGAAAUUCUCACAUCAAUCGUGGAAAAGGGUGCUCAGUUUACGGAGAUGCAAUAUCUGAAUGCGCUGCAGUUGAUCUUCCGGAAUCGUGGUAUCGUAGAUCCGGCCGUUGUCGGUACCUACCAGCAGAAGCUUUCCGAUCUGCUCGGCACGAAACCGGCACUUGGCGUGACUGUUUAAUGCGCCACUAGUUUGGAGUGUUUGUAGUGGCGGGUAACAAAACCCCGAACGCGUAUACAAUUGUUUACUAGCAAUUACUGCCGCGCCUAGAAACUAGCAUGUAUGUAUAGGAGUGCGUUUGUUUAGCGUAGCACCAAAAACGUUCCGAAUCGCACCACUUGUUGUUUUCUUGGGUAAGCAUGAAUGUAUGGCCUUACGUUGGGCAAAGUACGCUGCAGUGGUGUUAGUAGUAACAAAUGGCAUUGCAAGGCUUGUGCGCGAUAGGAAAGCAAAAAAAAAACGUUAAAAAGAACGAUCAACGCUGCUUUUGCGUUCGCGUGUGUGUAGGUAUGGCCAAAGGUUGUACCAGACCU